UAGAGCAGCUCACAAAACUCAGUGAAACAUUUUACUUAGUAGAUUUGUUUUAAAAGGCUAUGACUCAGGAACUGCCAGAUGGAAGAGGAACAUUAGGGCAAGGUCCCGAAGGUCCUGACUGUAGGAGCUUCUAUCCCCGGGGAACUAGGGUAGCCGUCCUCUGGGAAGCUCCUUUUGGAUUUUACUGAGGCUUCAUUACUUGGACAGGCUCGAUUAGAUCAUUGGCCAUUGGUGAUGGAACUCAAAUCUCCAGCCCCUCUCCGCUCCCUAGAGGUUGAGAGGGUGGAACGGAAGGUUCCAGCUGUCAAUCACGUGGUUGGUUUCCCUGGCAACCAGCCCUCGCCCACUGGUUAUCUAAGGGCUCGUUAACAGGGCAGGUUUCUGGCGGGGUUGGGAAAUUCCAAGGGUUUUAGGAGCUCCAUACUCCUUCUAAGUCACAACCUCACAGCUCUGCAGAGACCCUCGCUUUGAUUUCUGCCUGUCUCAGUGGGAGGCUGGCCGGCCUGGCCACGGAGUAGCUCCGAGAUCUGGGAGCGACAGUUCCUUUGCUGCCCUGAGCUCCCGCUGCUGUCGUCGGUCAUUCAGCUUGGGCUGCGGAAGCUGUGGCAGGUCUGACGGCCGCAGAGCACGUUCCCUGUGUUCUUUCUCCUUCAGAGCUAAUCAGGUUCUGACUGUGCCGCGGGCGUUCUGGGGAUGAAUCUAAUAAAGGGGAGGAGGACUGAGAACAGGUGACCCGGGGACAGCAGCUGUUUGGUUGAUCUUUCCUGUUCGAGUCAGUGCAAGGCAACAGAUCCCGGAGUUGAUCCAAGGAAGAGUGGGGCUCGUGGCCUGCCUUGAGCGAGCUCCCGGGGCAGGCUCACCGGGAGCGGAGUGACAUGUAUGAAACACACCAGGAGCCCUGAACGCGAGGUGCUGUUCCCUGUAGGGCUCAUUUCUGGUGACUUUAGUUUUGGAGCAGCUGCCGCAGCAUGGACAGUCGGGCUGGCCUGGCAGCCACGCCCGGAGCGCUGCCUUACUACGUGGCUUUCUCCCAGCUGCUGGGCCUGACUGUGGUGGCCAUGACGGGGGCUUGGCUCGGUCUGUACAGGGGCGGCAUCGCCUGGGAGGGCGCCCUGCAGUUUAACGUGCACCCGCUGUCCAUGGUCAUAGGCCUGAUCUUCCUGCAGGGAGACGCCUUGCUGGUUUACCGGGUCUUCAGGAAUGAGACCAAACGCACAACCAAGGUCCUGCACGGGCUGCUGCACGUCUUCGCGCUCGUCAUCGCCCUGGUGGGCGUGGUGGCAGUGUUCGACUACCACCGGAAGAAGGGCUACGCGGACCUGUACAGCCUGCACAGCUGGUGUGGCCUCCUCGUGUUGGUUCUCUACUUCCUGCAGUGGCUCGUGGGCUUGAGCUUCUUCCUGUUCCCCGGAGCUUCGUUUUCGCUGCGGAGCCGCUACCGCCCACAGCACGUCUUCUUCGGCGCCGCCAUCUUCCUCCUGUCCGUGGGCACCGCCCUGCUGGGCCUGAAGGAGGCGCUGCUGUUCAAACUUGGGGCCAAGUACAGCACGUUUGAGGCUGAGGGUGUCCUGGCCAACGUGCUGGGCCUGCUGCUGGUCGGCUUCGGGGUGACCGUGCUCUACAUCUUGACUCGCUCUGACUGGAAGCGGCCACCCCAGGCCGAGGAACAAGCCCUCUCCAUGGACUUCAAGACGCUGACAGAAGGCGACAGCCCCGGCUCCCAGUGACGGCCUGUCCUCCUCCCGCGCGGAGGGCCUGGCUGUGGCUGGCCGCUGCAGCUCGGGGUGGGGGCGUUGGGUAGGCGACUUUCCCACGCUCUGCCGCGGCUCUGCUGGCUGGGUGGCUCCCGGGGAGGGCUGGCCAGCGCCGCACUGUGGGCUCUAGGGCUUGGCUUCCUCUGCUUUCCUUCCUUGUUGCUGCUUUAGAGUCCGUUAGUCACGCACAGACCCCGGCCCUGUUGUCACGGUCACCCCCUCCACUCAAGCCGCUUCGGGCAGGGUUUUGGGUGGUCAGUCCGGGCUACAGAAGCACAGAUCCUUCAAGAAGACGCAGGGUGGCUCUCCUCUUGAGGAGCGGAUGCUGGGCCGAGUCCAGGGGCUGCCAGGAGCACAAAGCUGUGGGAGAAACUGGGCCUUAAUGACAGGCCUGGCAAGGCCGAGGCUUGCUUUGUGUAACGCUGAAUUCAGACCAGAGUCCCGUCCGUCUGAAUGACACGUGGUGAGAAUGGCCCCGACUUUGGCAGCGGAGCAGGUGAUAUUAUGUAUAAACUAUGCUGGUGUCCAGAGCAAGGGUCCCCUGGAGAGGGGAGGGGCGCGCCCCUGGGAAGCUGUGGCGAUGUGGCUUCGGCCCAGCUGCACUCUCGGCCGCCUUCUUUCCGGGCCUCAGCCCCAGGACGGCUCUGCCGGGAGAGGGCCAGGGCCCAGGCUGGAGACAAACUGUCCUUGGCGGCUGAGGGCCACCGAGAGAGGAGGUCGAGAUGGCCCCCGGGCAGGGGCGCUGGGCUGCUGGCGCUGGGGCUCUGCUCCGCGGGGCUGGGGCUUGCUGGCCGCCGCCAGGCUCCCCGCCCUCAGCAGCCGGCUUAGGCGCUGCUCUCGCUCUGACCUCAGCCCCGGGGCUUCUAUCUUUUUUUUUUUUUUUUUCUUUAAGCAGAAAGCUGCUGCUGCUGCUGCUGCCCUGUUCCCAGGGAAGGCAGGGCCGCCCGCUCCUGUGCGGAGGAAAGCGCCCUUCUAGAACCCCGCUGCGCCCGUCUCUGUGGGCAGUCGGGGCUGAGUAGCCCCGGAGCGUGCUCCCAGCUGCCUGACGUGCUCCGUGCUGCCAAGUCACUCUUUGGCUUCAGCCUAGAAGGAACAUGAUUAGAGCAUUGACCUUGUGCUUCUUGGACUCGGUGAAUGCUCUCUCCUUUUUUCCUCCUGUUCUGGGCUUUGAGGAGCAUGACACAGUUUGAGACAGACACCGGUUACGUAAAUGAAGAAUUGCAAAGAGCUUUCCAAACCCGACUGCUGUUCCUUCGAUGGUUGCCUUUUUCUCACCUCAGCGCUGCCUUCGAGAGAGGGGGCAGCCUCCUCUCGUGCUCCGGUUGCGAACACUCCAUUCUGGCCUUGAGCCCUGCCUCCAGCGAUGCCACUUCAGCGAGCAGGUGGCUGUGGCCCCGAGCCUUCCCCAGCAGGGCGGCCCAGUCCCCUCCGAACCCCCUUCCCCGCUGCAGCUGGCCCGGGGAGUUCGCCGGUGACACGGUGCGCUCUGCCCGCACCGGGGCCCCGUCUGUUCUCCCCCCGCCUGGCACGCGCCGUAGAGCCAGACAUUUUCACGUGGAGAAAUGCCCCCUCGGACAGACCCAAGUGCAAUUGUGACUCUCCCUUGCCAGGACGCCCCAGAGAGAGACGGAACCUUAGAUUUCUGGUAAAAACCUGUAAACUGGUCUGUUGGCCCGAGUGUCUGUUGGAUGAUUCUGGAGGCCCCCUGAAAGCGCCCCACGUGGUUUAUUUCACUUUGCCUGUGGCCAGUCUUUGAAGUGCAGUGUAGCAUCGGUGCAACGGAUGAUUCAAUAAAUGUCUACAGCAGA